AGAUGGGUUCCGCUGCAAUACAGUUCAUUCUUGGUCUUUUAUUACACCAAGGCUUUCUCCAGCAUACCGUUUUCGGAAACAUCAAGCUGGAAACGGAAUACGAUCCUGGCUACCGGUUUGAAGCGGGAGAAGAUGGCGAGUGUAGCUUCAAGGUGCGUGCUGCUAGCGAUGUGGACGUAGUAUUAUCUGCCGACAGUGCGCACACUAAACCGGUGCUGGAGAUUAUAAUCGGAGGUGCAAACAACACGAAAUCUCAAGUUCGAGCUGUUGGUGCAGGUGAGGUCCUAGAAAAACCCACGCCAGCCAUUCUGAGUGCGAAGGAAUACCGUACCUUCUGGAUCCAUUGGAAUAAUCAUGCGGUUACGGUUGGUAAGUGGGGUUCCAAGGAACCGAUCAUGACCUAUGGAGUAGACAAGAUUUCCCCGAUGAAGGUCAUCUUCAUAGGAACGAACGAUGGUGUUGGUGAUACUUGGGUUAUCGACAAACCUUCUGCCCAAUCUCCUGCGACGACCAAAAAACCGCCAACACCCGUUCCUACACGCAGUACACCGCCACCCGUUACUACACCCAAACCUCCAGCCAAAUGGGUCAAAACUUACGGAAACCAUGUACCGCCCAAUGCCAUCCCUGCCGGUAGAUUUGAUGGCUCGCGUGUCCAGGUUAUUGGCCGCGCGUGGUACAAGGACAAUUUGAUCCCGGGAGCCGUUGUCGAUGUCGCUGGUGUAUGCUAUGUAGCUUGGCACGGUCAAUCUCAUUAUGUCUCGAAUUACGAGGUGCUAGUCGAUACUAAGGGUCAUUUCGUGCCGACCACCUAUGAUAAUAUACCACCCAACGCAUUGCGAGCAGGACACACGGCAGGCGGAGAAGAUCUGUACAUCUGUCGUGCGGUCUACAAGGGUAUGAAUCUGUUGGGCAAGGCACACAAAUCACAUAAAACCUGCUACGUCGGGUACCGUGGUGUGGAACAUUCAUCCGCCAAGUACGAAAUCUAUGUCUAUUAAAAUGGGCCAGUAGAUUGAACUGAAUGGACAGAGUUGAAAACAAAAAUAACAAAUAUCGGCAAAUAUUUGAAAUCACUUUGUAAAGUACUUUUAUGAUUGAAAAUAAGAACUUACAUA